AUGGCGGGCGACGCAGAGACUGUGCGCGGCACAGCCGGGUGCGGGGCCAUUAGCAUAAUGAGCAGCCGCAACUUCCGCAGCAACACACGCAAACCGGGCCUCGUUAUCCGGGGAUUAGGCCCCUUGGUGAUUAGCACCCGCCACGCCCGCUCCUUCCUUUGGGCAUCUGACAACCGGCGACACCUGCACCCUCCCAAGUGUCACUCCAUGUCCAUCCGCUGGCCGGGCUGCGCCCUGGGAAGCCACGCUUGGAUCCUGAUCGCCAUGUUUCAGCUCGCCAUGGACCUGCCCGCGUGCGAGGCCCUGGGCCCCGGCCCCGAGUUCCGGCUGCUGCCCCGCCCGUCGCCCCGGCCGCCCCGCUUGUGGAGUUUUAAGAGCGGACAGCCGGCCAGGAUCCCCGCGCCCCUGUGGAGCCCCCGCCCGGCCCGCGUGGAGCGCAGUCACGGGCAGAUGCUGAGUCCCCGUGCCAAACGGGCGCACAGACCCAGGGACCAGGUGGCCGCCCUGGUGCCCAAAGGGGGGCUCACCAAGCCCCCAGCUGCUGCCAAAUCCAGCCCUUCCCUGGGCCCCUCCCCGCCCUCCCCGUCGUCCCCGGUGGGCAGCGCGGCCCCCUCGGACCAGCAGGCCCUGCUGCGGAGGGGACGGCGGCAGCUGCAGGAGGUCGGGCUCAACGGCUUCGACCUCCGAGGCAGCAGGCCCACCACGGAGACCGAGUUCAUCGCGUGGGGGCCCACGGGGGAGGAAGAGGCCCUGGAGUCCAACACGUUUCCCCGCGGCCCCACCACAGCCUCCUACUUCCAAACACGGAAGACAACCCCGGCCACUGCCGCCACGGCCGCCACGGCCGCCACGGCCACCUCCACGACACUGCAGACUAAGGGGGUCACGGCGCCCCUGGACCCCAGGCAUAGGAUCCCGGUUGGGCUGAGCACAACGGAGCCUUCCACCAGUCCCAGCAGAGACGGCGGCAAAGACACCAAGCCCCCGCGGAUUCCGGGGGAGACCUCAGGUUUGGCUGUCCAUCAGAUCGUCACCAUCACCGUCUCCCUCAUCAUGGUCAUAGCUGCGCUGAUUACAACUCUUGUCUUAAAAAACUGCUGUGCCCAGAGCGGGACCACGCGGAGGAACAGCCACCAGCGGAAGAUCAACCAGCAGGAGGAGAGCUGCCAGAACCUGACGGACUUCACCCCCGCGCGGGUGCCCAGCAGCCUGGACAUCUUCACGGCCUACAACGAGACGCUGCAGUGCUCGCACGAGUGCGUGCGCCCCGCCGUGCCUGUGUACACCGACGACACGCUGCACCCCGCGGGCGAGUACAAGUCCACGUUCAACGGGAACCGACCCUCCUCUUCGGAUCGGCACCUCAUCCCCGUGGCCUUCGUGUCUGAGAAGUGGUUUGAGAUCUCCUGCUGACUGGCCAAGUCUUUUUUACCUCCUGGGGGCAGGGCGGACCCCAUGUGUCUGUUUCACGGAUUCUGUUGGUGAACCUGUAAAAA